AUGUGGCCAGAGGAGCUCAUCGCGCUGGGGCCUGGGGAAUCUGCCUGGCACGUGGUCCUGAAGAAGAUCCAGGAGCUCUCUGAUUCAGACCACCGAGAGCCCUUCGUGGUCGCCAGCCGCCAUCAGGCCUUCUGCCGCGCCCUGCCGCGGGUCUCACCCUUCUACGCCGUGAAGUGCAGCAACAGCACCUGGAUGCUGCGCGUCCUGGCCACUCUGGGCACCGGCUUCGACUGUGCCAGCCAGGUGGAGCUGGAGCAGGGGCUGCGCCUGGGCAUCGCCCCCUCGCGCAUCAUCGAUGCCAACCCCUGCAAGCCUGUCUCCCACAUCCAGUACGCUGCCCGCCACGGGGUGCGGCUCCUGACCUUCGACAGUGAGGAGGAGCUGAGCAAGGUGGCCCAGCACCACCCCAAGGCCAGGCUGGUCCUCCGGCUGUGGGCCCAGGACAGCGAGAGCACGUUCCCCCUGAGUGCCAAGUUCGGGGCCAUCCUGGAGGUGUGUGAACAUCUGCUCAAGCCAGCCAGGGCCCUGGGGUUGGCGGUGGUUAGAGCCAGCUUCCUCGUGGGCUCGAACUGCCAGACGGUGCGCGCCUUCACCCAGGCCCUGGCUGACUGCCGGCGCGUGUUCGAGAUGGGCCUCCUGGACAUCGGAGGGGGCUUCCCGGGAGAGGAGGGCUGCGAGCCUAAGAGGUCAGAGAGGAGGACCAGGGGGAGCCUGGGCUGGAUGGCGAGGGUGAUCAAUGCUGUCCUGGCCCAGGACUUCCCCGUGGGGAGCGGUGUGGAGAUCAUCGCGGAGCCCGGACGCUUCUUCGCGGGGUCUGUCUGCAUGGCGGCUGUCAACCUCAUUGCCAAGAAGGCUGUGCUGGAGUCUGGAGGCCACCGGAAGCUGGUGUACUACCUCAGUGAGGGCCACUUCCUCAGGGAGGCUGUCCCCAGGAUGCCCCUUGUGGUGAAUGAGUUCGGCUCAGAGCCACCCCUCUUCCCCUGUACCCUCUACGGUCCCACAUGUGAUGCCUUUGACAAGCUCUUCCUAGGGGAGUUGCAGAUGCCCGAGCUGGAUGUGGGAGACUGGCUUGUCUUUCCCUCCAUGGACGCUUACACCUCCACCAUGAGCUCCACCUUCAAUGGCUUCCUGCCCGCCUCCGUCUGCUAG